AUGUCUCGUGAUCUCGCCCACGGUUUCUCCGGGGUCCUCACGGGGUACUGUGCGCCGGUGGCCCCCUUCGUGGGUGUUAAGAGCAUCUCUCGUCUGUUGAACAUUCAAUUGGGGUUGAUUAUGGAGGGUCACGAUGGUUGUACGUUUACACAUUUAUCUCCCGACAUACACCAACCUGAUGCAUUGGCUGACUGGAAGAUUCAGCUCGGACGUUUAUCACAUUACGCGUUUGACGCAGUGCUGAUUUCUGCCUUUCUGGCAGGUAUCAAGCGAUCAACUGGCCUCACGGGGGCAAAGAAAAGAGGCAGGGCCGAUGUCUUCAGGACCCAAGCGCACAGCCCCAGUCUUAAUGCAGACAAAAUCACCGAUAGCAAGGAUAUCAAGCGGUGGAUAGAAAGUUACCUCGGAGUCGGCGAAUGGGUGAUGGACCAAUCCGUUGCAGUCCUGGGUUCGACCUCGUACUUUGAGCGACGACGUUAG